UAGUCAAAGUAUAAUAUUUAACAAACUUUUGAUUCAAAUAAAAUAACGAAUGACACAAGAGAAGUUUUCAAAGAUGUUACGAGAAAGAAGAAUGUUCGUCAUGUGCAAUGCUUAUUCGAAGCUGAUAAUGCUAUAGCUACUGUAGCAAGGGUAUUGAAUUGUCCUGUAUUGAGUUAUGAUUCAGAUUUUUAUGUGUUUGGGACAUUGUACAUACCAUUUGAUACAUUGGACAAUUACACGAGGUCUAAGUCAAUCUACACUGCCAUUAGCUGCAAUAUUACUAGGCAAUGAUUAUGUAAAACAUGGUACAUUUAGAAACUUCUUUCGUUAUUUAAAGUUACGACGAAUAAGAAGAAAAAGGUAUAGUAAUCGACAGUAUUGUAUAGAAGCAACUUUACAAUGGUUGAGCAGGUUUUACACCUUGGACAGAGCAGUCAUUGGAAUACUAUGUAGAUCACCUAAAACCGAAUAUGCAGCUCGUGCCACAACACAUUCCAUAAACAGAAUUUUUAAAUUUGAUGGGGAUGUUAAUAGUCUAAUGUACAUAGAAGAAACUGAUAAAAAUGGAGACUUUGAAUCAGCCGAAGAAGAAGAAGAAGAGGAAGAAAACGAAGUUGAAAUAUUAGACAUGCUUAAAGGGGUCAGAAUCUGCUACCAAUAAUGCACUAGCUAAUAUACCUAAUUUGUUUGUAGAUGAAUUUCUUAUGGGCAAUUAUCCUGCAUAUUUCAUGGACUUGUUGGUUCGACGUUUAUAUAUUUGUCCUGUACAAAUAGAGGAUUAUUCCUAUCCAUUGAGCAAUGUAAUAAGUUUAAAAAUUAUUAGAGUUAUAUAUGCAUUUCUGUAAUCAGGAAUGAAUAGAAAGAGAGGUUUCAUGAAAUACAUGA